AUGCCACAAAAUUAUGAAAAUUAUCAUAAAUAAUUGUCUUUUUAUACAGACUCAUUUUAUGAAGUUGAAAUUUAUCAGAAUGUUAAUAAUAAUUUAGAAUAAAGACUAACUUAUUAUCAUUUACAAAAAGUAUAAAAAUAGUAGUUCAUCAAAUUAAUGAAAUUUGAAAAUAGAACAAAUCCUAUCUACUUUAAAUUAUAAUCUUCUUUUGAAUAAUAUCAUAAUAAAGAUUGA